CGGCAACUGUGUCUGCUAAGCCUUCGCGGAAUCGACUUUCGCUCAUUGAAAUCUGCAUUGCAUAUUUGCAAACGUCCACUCAUUCGACAUCAACGAAGUACAUAUCUAUCCGAGAUCAGGCUACCUUGAAAUAGAGUAAAAUACAUAUCGAGGUACUCCAGCAAGGAAAAGCAAACAGACAAGCAAUAUAAAUCCAUUUGUCAAGUAUACCCAGACAAUUGUAAAUUUACACAAACAAAUCCAUCAAAAUGAAGUCGGCAACUGUUGCGUUCGGCCUUCUCGCCGGUGUGGCCUCGGCCUCUUACAACCACCCGCGCCACUUCCACAACCCCCACUGGCGACGAAAUGACACCGGGGCCUCUACCACCCUAACCGUCGCCAUCACCACCGUUCACACCAUUACCUCCUGCGCUCCUACUGUUACCAACUGCCCGGCUGCCACCGGUGGUAACAGCACUGGCCCUGCUAUCGUCACCGAGGUCAUCGAUCUGACCACGACCGUCUGCCCCGUCACCGCCAUCGGCUCCAUCUCUAGCUCCGUCGUCGGGGAUCACAGCAGCGGUCUCAUCUCUGGUACCACCCGUACCGUCACCGUAACCCCCACCUCCACUGCUUCCACUUCCCCUGAGCAGUCUAACGGUUCCGGUAACUCUGUUUACCCCUCCAUUGGCACUUCUGACCAGACUGUAACCAUGACCAUCGGCCCCGAGAGCUCGCGGUCCCUUUUGGUUACAACCCUGAAGUCCACUUACACUGCAUUGGUUACCGUUACUGCUGUCCCUACCCCUGGAUCUAACUCUGGCAGCGGCAACGGAAACGGCAGCGGUGAGGACUCUAGCAGCGAAGCUACCACCACUACUACACGAACUUCCACUGGCACUCGCACUGUCACCGUUGCUCCCUCUAAGAGCUCCGACGUCGGUUCUGAGGACACUGGAUCUGGCAACGGAUCCGGCUCUGGCGAAUGUGUUGCCAGCACCGUCACCGUCACCGAGACCAUCCCUGCCAGCACUAUCUACGUCACUGCUCCUGCUGCUGGCCCUACUGGCGCUAAGGAGGUUUCCUCCCCGGCUGCCUACCCCACUGGCUCUGACAACAGCGGAAGCAACACUGGCAGCGGCAGCGAAGACGACAGCUCCCCUGAGGAGAGCAGCCAGAGCAACGUUGUUACUGCCACUGCUACCGCCACCGUUGUCCCCUACCCGACCGGCAACAACGGCACCAUCCCCAAGCAAUCCAGCGGCGUCGCCAUCCCGACUGUCAUCCUACGCCACUAAAUUAGCGGCUAGACAAGCCAUGCAUUUUUGAAAAUUCUGUUCCACCCACGUACAUUAUACCCAGACACUUGUAGCAUACAAUAGCAUGAACGAGGGAUGACUGCAUACGACCCAACAACCAUUUUUGCUGACGCCCGGUAGCGAGAUAAAAAGAGAGAAAAAGCAAACAGGCUUGCAUCAAUUACAUUUGUUUUGUUUGUCCUUUUGGAAAGGGGGAAAGGGGGGCGGGCGGGUCAGCUUUGGAUGGAAGAGUAUCUUGGAUACGUCGAUACGAACGCGAAGCCGAUAUCUUGAGUUGAUCUUACUGCUACUUAUCUUGGGGGACGCCAUUUUCUUCUCGUCUCGGUCCGGUUGCCGGGGACUUGGGGAUAGAGGGCGCGCGUUUAUUCAGUUUAUCUUGUUUAAUAUCUAUUACUAUCUAGAUGUGGAUGAGAUGGCUGGAUAGGUGCGUGUUCUCGUUCGAUUCUAGUGUAUGUAGUGUUCUGUAUCUAUCUAGUUUGGCCAUCUUGAAUGGAGUUUUAUGGUGCUUAUAAUA